CACCAUUAUUACAAUCCUCAAAACAGAGAAAAAAAGAAGAAGAAGAAAAGAUGGCCAUUUGUUCUAUCAUCUCUGCCGUUAAUCACCCCCCUCCCACUCCUUCAAACCCUUCUUUAAUUCCAAGCAAUUCCCCCAAGGCCACCCAAAUCCCAUGCAAUUGGAGAAGGCAAUGUUUUUCGGGCAUCGCUAGCGUUAUUAUCAGUACUUCAACGGUGGGAUUUUCGAUGGGUGGUGAAAGCUUCUUUCCAGCCUCCGAUCCGCAGGUUUUAGCUGUGACAGAAGGAAAAAUGUUGAGAUGGAGUGACAAGAGAACGUGCCCACAAUGGAAUAGGAAUUCAUUAGAAAAUGUUGUGCCUGAAAACCUUCCACGGCCCUCAGGUCACUGGAAAUCCAAUGAGGUUGCCAUUUCCAGAGCUGCUCGGGGCAUUGGUUGUUUCUCUCUGUAAAAUAGGCAGUUUGGUCUGAAAAUUUACAGUUUAUAUGUUGUUCAUAUAGUGUGUAAGUGAUUUUUGUGUUGAAUUCAUAGUCAAGGCUACACUUGAAAUGAAAAAACUUACUUUCAAA